AUGCUGGCCGCCAUCUUGAAUUAUAAAAUGGUUAUAGUUAUCUCAGCUGACGACGAGAGUGAAGAGGAUAGCCUAUCCACAGCCAGAAGAAAUGAUGGGUCUCGGGAAGGUGCAAAGAGGAUUAAAGUGGAGGUAGUCGAUGAGGAAGAUGUCAAGCCACCAACAGAAACACCUCAUCAGGAUGAGCACAUUCUCUAUCGGGGGAAAUGGUACGCUUUUAAGAAAAGCAAAACAUUCUAUAGGAAUAGCACGGAUGUAGCCAAAAAGAUACUAUUUCCGUCCUCGACUGUCAAUAGCAGUGUUCCCAGUGCAUGUGAUGAGGAACUGGGCUUCAUCAUCGACUCGUCGAAACUUCAAUUUGCCGCAGAUGUAACAUGCGAUGAGACGGGAAAAUACCACAGGCCUAGCUAUUCGCGCUGUGCGCUAGUACUUGGAAAAGAGAACAAUGUGAAACUUCUUAAACAAGGUGGCCUUUCAGGUGGCGAUGAGUACACUCUUUUGAGACGUUACUACGCACACCGGGAUACGCCAGGAUUCUUCCGGACUGUAUACGAAUUGCAGCGUGAUGGAUAUCGAGCAUGUCCAAAUGUUCUGAUACGCUAUGAGUGGAGAACAGAAAAAACUGCUCUCAGGCUGACUCCGCAUGGCAACAGCAAACGAGAUGAAACCCCAUACAUACGCUCAAAGAAGCAAUUGCUAACAAGUCUGAAGCAGUCUUCUAAGGGUAAAUCAGCCCAAGUGAAGAUGAAUGAAAUCUUCGACCAUGAGGGUGGUAGUACAGGAAUUGGGUCAUUUUCCUCUGUGGCCCGCAAUAGAAACCAGGUCUAUCGUCAUAGCCCAAGUGAAAAGAAGGGAACUGAUUUCAACAGAUUGAUGGAAAUGAAUGUAUCAGGAGGAUUUGUUAGGAGCGUAGAGUUUACCAAUGACGAUGGGAAAGGUCCCAAUCCUCGAUGUUGCCUGUACACAGACAAACAGAUUGCUGACAUUAAAAAACAUUGCAUUGAUGGAAGUGUCCUCACGUUUGAUGCAACGUUUGAUCUUGGAAAGAUGUACGUCACAAUUGCAUCAUAUCGGCAUCAGGGUUUCGUCAACAAAACCAACGAGAAGAAUGUGCUCAUGCCUGGGCCGAUCCUCCUUCAUUGCAAGAAAGACAUAGAAACAUACAGGUAUUUCGGAAACCAGAUCUCGAAGGCACUAGACAACAAGAAGAUAUCAGCAUUUGGAACUGAUGGAGAGAAGGCUAUGUACAAGGGUCUCCAAGAGACAAAUAGCUUCAAACAAUCAGAUCACCUUCUGUGCAUGCUGCACCAUAGGCAAAAUGUUGAUAGCAAGUUACAGAAGCUCGGCGUCAAAAACAAUGCAGACAAAAUUCUGAGGAGCAUCUAUGGUGAACAGGUGAAGGAAACUCGACAUGAGGGUCUCGUAGAUAGCUCCACAGAGAAAGAGUAUGAGGAAGGCCUGCAAUUCUGGUGUACACGAUGGGACAGUCUUGAAGAAGAGGAAACAGGCAAAGACCCCAUGUUUUCCACAUGGUUCAGACAAUACAAGUCACAGGAGGUGAGGGAAUCAAUGCUAAAGCCCUUGAGACAGAAGGCCGGUCUAGGGGAUCCGCCGCGGCAGUUCACUACCAAUGACAGUGAGAGCAUUAAUGCAAUGUUGUCCAAAUGGGUUGGCGGGCAGAAGUCCUGGGAUGACCUGGCUGAUAGCCUUGAAGCUUUCGUGAGGUCCAAGUACAAGGAGCUGGAAAUGGCCCUUAUGGGCCUGGGGGAAAGGAAGGUCAGUCCGGGACUCAAAGAACUUCAGAAGACUCAACUAGAAUGGACCCAUAUGACCAUGGCAGAGAGGAGGGCUGUUCUGGAAUGUGCAGAUUUGGAUGUAGAAGAAGAGAAUGAAGCUGCUCUAUCCAUUGAGCCGGAAGAAAGUGGCAUUGGUGGAUUUACCAUCCAUGAAUUGAGAACAGUCUGGAGGAAAGCAGGCAAAAUUAUGGCUACCGACCAUAGUGUGGUAGAUUUUCCUGCAACGAGCGAUCAGAUGAUAUGCUUUGAUGGAGAUCAACAUUUCAGAAUUACUCAGAAGGAUCUUUUCAUUUGUGACAAGAAUUGUAGAUCAUUCGCAUUUCACAACCGCCUCUUUUGUGAACACACAUUGGCUGUUGCUGAUCAAAAAGGCAAAUUGGCAGAAUUCUUGUGCAAGAUCAAUGGCAAAAGGCGAUCUUCAUCUAUUGAUCUAGUUAAUUCAGUACUUAACAAGCAGUGUUCGGGGAGUGGGAAGAAGAGCACACAGAAGAGAAAGGGGGCCAACAAUGCAGUGUCAACUGUAAUAUCUACUGUUAUUCCUCAACAAAGACCAGCACAGCCUUUCACUGUGACUCGCAAAGUUGGUGUGAUCAAGAAAUGUUACGGCUGUAAACAAGAAUUCUCAAAUACAUUGAAUUUCCCACCACAUGAUCUAAUUUUGAAGAAGAUGGAUAUUCGAGAAUGGUUCGACAAGACAUCAGGAGAAAAGAAACAGACUUUUGGUCUCGUUCCCACCUACUAUCACCUGAAACUCAACUGUGUUCGUAUCAGGUACCCAUACACAGAAUUGAAAGAUAUCCUUGUGUAUCAAGAAAUUCAGCAACAACUGACAGCUGAACACAUAGCAAUCCUCAGAGACUUUGGUAUUGACAUAGCAUAAACAUGGAAAAUUCUGCAAGAGGAAGCAUACAGGUACUCUGAAACUUUUCAUUGAGGUUAUGGGGCCCAGCUGAUUUUUUCCCCCCCUCACAUUAUUUUGUAUUUGUCAUAAUUUUACUUGACAAAUUUCAAAAGCAAAACUAUUGUAUGUUUUUAUUGUGAACAAUACAAUACAAUAGUUUACAUGUCUAUCUAUGUUGAAGACAAAUUCAAUCCACUUCAUGCAUGUAAUCUGAUUAAGGCUAAAUGAAUGUAGUUGUUCCUACUUUGCAUCAAAAGUGUACUGGUAUUAUUGAUUCCUAUACUUUACUUUAAGACAAAAACAUGUGACUUUGGUCCUAUAAUUAUUAGGUGAUAAGAUCUUGAUCUUCCAUUGAAAUCACAAAGAAUAAGCCUCUGUGUGUAAGCACUAGUAAACCAUAUUUAAAAGAUUCUACAGAUUCAUGUUUGUAGCUAUGAACGUGUAAUGUUAAGUUAUCUAGUAUCUAACAAGUAUUUGUUUGCCUAAAAGGUCAACAUGAAAUGUUUUACAUUCAUGAACAUGUAUUUUGAUUACUGGCCAAAAUGAUAGGUUUACAGUGUACAUAUUUUUGUGUUUACCUAAAUUCAGUCUUCAUGGGUAUAGUAGAAAUUGAUUUAGUUUCUGUCUGACCACACAUAUUUAGUGCGAGAAAGGUUAACAGAUACAUAAUCUUCAUAGGACGGUAAAGUGAGAUAUAGGAAAAUGAUGUAUGUAUUAGUGUUCCUCUCCUGGUACCUUUUUGUAGGAUAGCUUGGUCAUUGACGGCCACAUUUAUGCUUUUUAUGCCCCCGUUACAAAGUAGCCGGAGGCACUACGUUUUCGGGUUUUUCGUCCGUACGUACGUCUGUCCGUACGUCCCGUUCUCG